AUGUCACUCAUAAAAGAACCUCAGACAAUAUAUGUGGAAGAAACUGAAAGACAUGAUGUGACGAAAGAUUCCUUAUCUUUAGUUUCUCCUGUAGACACAAAAUUAAACGUAACUGUAAGUGAGAAUCAACAUAUACCUUCCCUUAAUACUGGAACUUCAUUAGGCCCACUUACUCAUACAAACAGUUUUAGUGACAUAUUUAAUGUCCUUAAACCUGAACAUAAUCUGCUGACAAAUGAGCUCUUCAAAUUUUCUAAAGUAUUACAAACUAAUGGUGUCUACUUAACAAAAGUCACAAGAUCAGAGCAUAAGUUAUAUUGUUUUAAAUUAAAUCAAAACAAUAGUAAAAUUUUAUGGAAAUCCAAUGUAAAAUAUAUAUGCCUUGACUCUAUUAAAGACAUUAGAAUUGGCCAUAUGGCAAGUAAUUAUAUGGAAGAAUAUGGAGUGACCUUUAAUACCAAAUGGAUUACUUUAUUAUAUAUUACAAACAAAAAGUUGAAGGUGUUCCAUGCAAUAGCUAAAACAGAAGAGGAUUUUCAUGUUUUUUAUCGAUGCAUAUGUGGGAUUGUCAAAGUACGAAAAGAUCUGAUGGAAAGUAUGUCACUUCCUGAUCAUGAAAGGUUUGCACAAAUCCAUUGGCAUAAUAUUGUCUCAUUUAGCAAAGAUGAUCAAUUGAAAGAUACUUUAACAUUUGAACAAGUAAAAACACUUUGUGAUAAGUUCCAUAUUUAUUGUUCUGUGACGCAUCUAAAAUCGAUCUUUGAUAAAGCAAACAACAAUCAUAAUCACUUAUUAAAUUUUAGUGAAUUUCAACACUUUGUAAAAUUGUUAAAGGAGAGACAUGAACUUACAGAAAUUUGGAAAACUAUAUCUUGGAAUAAAAAGACUAUUAAUUUACUACAAUUUAGUGAUUUUAUGCGUACAGUACAAGGAGAAAAAGAUAUGACAGAUCACCAACUACAACAAGUUUUUAAUGAAUAUGCAGAAAAUGGCUUGAUAACACAAGAUUCCUUUACUAGAUUUUUAAACGAUCAACCAUACUUGCAUGAUAUAGUGCAGUCUACUGAUUAUUCAAAGCCUUUAAAUCAUUACUUUAUCGCAUCCUCACAUAAUACUUAUUUAUUAGGCAAGCAGUAUGCUGAGACUCCCUCAGUAGAGGGUUAUGUUCAAGCCUUACAACAAGGGUGUCGUUGUGUAGAGAUUGAUAUAUGGGAUGGAGAAACAGGACCUGUGGUAUGCCAUGGUAUUUUAACUGCAUCAAUCCCCUUAUUAAAUGUUGUUAAAAUUAUAAAAAAAUAUGCAUUUAUUGUAUCGCCUUAUCCAUUAAUUCUCUCCCUUGAGGUUCAUUGUAAUAAGGAAAAUCAACAACGUAUAUCACAAAUACUUAAAGAGACUUUAGAUAACAUGAUAUACAAUGAAUUUAACAAAAAUACCAUGAAAAGCUUACCUUCACCAAAUGAUUUAAAGCACAGAAUUAUCAUCAAAGUUAAAAAACCAAGAAAUUUAUUUACAAAGAACAUGAACCCUAAUAAUUUAACAGAUAGUACUUCGAAAAAUUAUUCUUCCUCAUCAAUCUAUGAAUAUACUUCCUUUUCAUUUAGUUCUUCAAAUGAUUCAGAAAUUGAUUCUAUUACAGAUAUGCUCAUGAAAGAAAAAAGAAACGAUGAUGUUUCCCAACUGAAAUUAAUUCCAAAUGUGACCACAACUAGUAUAUCAAGAAUAAAAAGAAUGGGUUUGAAGAAAAAAGCAGAAAUUUCUACUUCAAUAUUUGAGAUUUCAAAUAUCCAUGGACUUAAAUUUAGAAACUUUUCUUUACCUGAAUCUAAAACAAUCGCUCAUUGCUUUUCCUUGAAUGAAAAAAAGUUUGAAUCACUACAGAAAGAUCCUAACCAGGUGUUAUCUAUGGACAAGCAUAAUAGAAGAUUUUUGAUGAGGAUUUAUCCACACUCUUUAAGAUAUAAUUCAACGAACUUCAAUCCAAUUAAAUUUUGGAAAUCUGGUGUACAAAUGGUGGCUACUAAUUGGCAAACAAAUGAUGUUGGGCAACAAAUCAAUCUCGCAAUGUUUCAAUCAACCAAUCAAAAGAACACUUUGAUUCAUAGUGGUUACGUAUUAAAGCCAGAACCAUUACUACAAACGGUUUCUAAGAUAAAAGAAAUACCUGAGAUAUAUAACCAAUUUAAUCAAAAGAACUUGAAUGGGUAUUAUAUCCAACUAAAGAUACUUUCAGGACAGUUACUACCAAGGCUUAAAAAGGAUUCUAAAACCACUAAUAAUUUUGGGCUAUAUGUGUCAGUUGAAUUUAUUACUGAUGAUCUUAACAGCUCAUUGAUCAAACCACUUUCUAUUAUUAAAAAUGGAACAUUGAUAUCUGAGACAAGUGCAUAUUCUUUGAUAAAAGAGGGUAACGGUUUUAAUCCUGUAUGGGACAUGGAGUUAAGUAUUCAGCUAAAGAAAUUGUACUUUGUUUUUCUUCGAUUAGUUGUUAAGACCAACGAUACGUCACUUGCUACAUGUUGUAUAAAGUUGGACUAUUUGAAAAGAGGUUACAGACAUAUUCCACUGUACAGUUUGGAGGGCGAAAGGUAUAUCUUUUCUACUAUUUUCCUUCAUUCACAAAUUUUUCCAGCAUCUUAA